AUGCGUCUCCUCGGCCCCUGGCUCCUGCUCCUGGUUCCAGAAUACUUGGCUUUCUCUGACUCAAAUAAAUGGACCUUCAAGCACCCUCCAACCCUCUACGCCUGGGAGGGGGCCUGCAUCUGGAUUCCCUGCUUCUAUAAAAUCCCAAGGCCGAAAGAGCUCCUGGAAAGCUACACCCUGUACCACAAUGCUGCCUAUAAUGAUACAACCAAGAACUACAGUGGGACCAUCCUCAUUACCAACACAAAGCCCGGGGAGUCUCCUUCUCAGCAGGGAAGGGUACGAUUCCUGGGGAACAAGAAUAAUAACUGCACCCUGAGUAUCCACCCAGUGCAAGCUCAAGACAGCGGUCAGCUGGGGCUGAGGAUGAUGACAAAGAAUGACAAAUGGAUGGAGAAUAUACACCUCAAUGUCUCUAAAAGGCCUUUUCCACCUCACAUCUACCUCCCUUCAGAAAUCUGGGAGUCCCGGGAAGUCACUCUGAUCUGCCUACUGAAUUUCACCUGCUUUGGGUACCAGAUCCAAUUGCAGUGGUCCCUGGAGGGGAAUCCUGUCACCUUGACCUCCCUUUCCACUGAGAACGUCUUCACCCGGAGUGAGCUCAAGUUCCAGCCGCAGUGGAGCCACCACGGGAAGAACCUGACCUGCAGGCUCUGGAGUGAUGUGGACGAGCGGGUGCUCUCUGAGGAAACGGUGCAGCUGGACAUAAAGCACUCCCCGAAGUUGGACAUCGAGGUCAGUCCCAGGGAAGCCACUGUAAUGGAGGGGGAGUCUGUGACAAUGUCUUGCGAGAUCACCAGCAGCAACCCAGAGUACCAGACAACAUCCUGGCUUAAGGAUGGGCUCCCACUGCGAGAGAAGACGCUCACGCUAACUCUGUCUCCAGUGGACAAGGAGAUGAGUGGGAAGUACCGCUGUGAAGCCUCCAAUGAUGUGGGCAGAGGAACGUCGAAAGAAGUGACUCUCGAAGUGUGGUAUGCUCCGAAACCAUCCAGGGUUCAGAUCCUCUCGUCACCAGUUCUCGAGGGAAAUAAAGUAGAGCUGAUUUGUACAUCACUGGCCAAUCCUCCGCCCACAAAUUACACAUGGUAUCACAAUGGGAAAGAUGUGCUGGGAAGGACAGAAAAGGAAUUCUGGAUUCCAGAUGUCCUUCCCUGGCAUGCUGGGAAUUAUUCCUGCUUGGCACAAAACAUUCAUGGUAUUGGAAAGAUUGGUCCGGAAGCUGAGCUGGAUGUUCAGUAUUCCCCCAAGAGUGUGACUACGGUGAUUCAAAACCCCACACCGAUUCGAGAAGGGGACAGUGUGACCCUUUCCUGUAACUACAAUUCCAGUAACCCUAGAGUUACCCGGUACGAAUGGAGCCCCAAAGGCUCCUGGAAUGAGCCAUCACCUGGGGUGCUGAUGAUCCAGAAAAUUGACUGGGACAUCAAAACAAUCACCUGUGCAGCCUGUAACAACUGGUGCUCGUGGGCUUCUCCUGUCAACCUGAAUGUCCAGUAUGCUCCCAGAGACGUAAGGAUCCUGAAGAUCAGUCCCCAUUCCGAGAUUCGCUCUGGGGACCGGGUCCUUCUUCAGUGUGACUUCUCAAGCAGCCACCCUGGAGAAGUCCACUUCUUCUGGAAGAGAAAUGGGAGCCUUCUGGGGGCAGGAAAAGAACUGCGCUUUGACUCCGUCACCCCAGAAGACGCUGGACAUUACAGCUGUUCGGUCAACAACUCCAUAGGGCAGACUGCGUCUCAGGUCUGGAUGCUCCAAGUGCUGUAUGCACCUAGGAGGCUGCGUGUGUCCAUGAACCCAGGGGAUAGAAUAAUGGAGGGGAAGAAAGCAGCCCUGACCUGUGAGAGUGAUGCCAACCCUCCCGUCUCCCAGUACAACUGGUUUGACUGGAAUAACCAAAACCUCCACCAUGGUGGCCAGACGCUGAGAUUGGAGCCAGUGAAGGUCCAGCACUCAGGCGCCUACCGGUGCCAGGGCACCAACUGGCUGGGCAUGGGCGAGUCGCCCCCCAGUACCCUCACUGUCUACUAUAGCCCAGAGACAAUCGGCAGGAGAGCAGCCCUGGGAAUCGGAAUCUGCCUGGCUGUCCUCAUCCUGGCAGUCUGGGGGCUCAAGCUCCAGCGAAGCUGGAAGAGGACUCAGAGCCAGCAGGGGCUUCAGGAGAAUUCCAGUGGUCAGAGCUUCUUUGUGAGAAAUAACAAGGUGAGAAGGGCUCCACUCUCUGAAGGCCCCCACUCCCUGGGAUGCUACAACCCAGUGAUGGAAGAUGCCAUUAGCUAUGCUGCCUUACGCUUUCCCGAGACUGACACACCACGAACUGGAGAUGCGGAAACCUCAGAGAUGCAGGGAGCUCCCCCAAACGGCGACAACACUGUCACUUAUUCGACGGUGCAGAAGCGUCGAGUGGGCGACUAUGAGAACGUGGCUCCGAAUAUUCCAGAAGACGAGGGGAUUCAUUACUCGGAGCUGAUUCAGUUUGGGGUUGGGGAGCGGCCUCGGGCCCAGGAAGACGUGGAAUAUGUGACCCUCAAGCACUGA